UAUAUCAGUAGUGACUAAACUUCUAAGGCAAGGAAGGAAUAAACUCUUACCAGAGGCAAGCAAUACCGAUAGAAAAUAGGUUUUCGCGGCAUAGGAAUUCCGAUCAAAGCAAUCAAUCCAAUGGAGCCGCCACCGUUCCACCACCACCACCACCACAACAAUAACAGGUACGCUCCCGUCGCACCCCCUAGGCUUUCCGGUGACCGUAAUUUCUAUCACCACCACCACCUCCCACCGCCUCCACAACCACCACCACCACCACCACCGCCGCCGACACAACCUCCUUUCCCUCCUAUUUACCAUCAUCACCACCGUCACCCUUCACAAUUUCCUUUACCCAAUUCCCACCCAAUCAUCGAAAACGACCCUAGAAGACAAUACCCCUUCGAAGUCGAGCGCCUUCCUAGGGCUCCCGUCUCCGAUCGUAUUAUCUUCGAUCAUCACCGCCAACCUCAAUUCCCAGAUGAUCAUCGCCAUCUCCCCGAUGCAUGGGACCCACCACCUCCUAGGGUUCCUCCUCAGCUUCCGAGGACUUUCCCUGUUAAUUGGGAGAACGAACCUACUCGCAAUCCCUUAUCUGCCCACCCAAUGUCUCCCUAUCGGUCUGCAUCAGAUGGGAAUUUCAAUGAUCGGAAGAGAUUUGUUGAUGAUCAAGAAAGUAGCCAAUUUCUUGAGUAUCCAAUGGAUGGGUUUGAGAGGAAUCAGAACGAUGAGUUCUUCUAUGAUCAGAGUGAUAAUCGUGUUAGUACUAGUGGUAGUAGUCAUAGCAAUUAUUUCCGUAAUCGUAUUUCGUUUGAUAACUCUGUGUCGACAAGGAAUUAUGCCCAGUCGGUGGGCAAUCAUGGUAUGAAUUUCAAUUUUGAGUCUGACAAUGGGCGCUCCCGGGAUGGUAGAGGAGCAGGAGAUUGUACGGAUGAAGGUAGGAUAUGGGUUUCGACGAGGCCAAAUUCUAGAGAUGCAGGUACUUUUGUUAAUGGCAUUGAGAUUGGAGAUAAAGAGAUUAUGGGUGAGGAUGAUGAUCGAGUUGUUUCGGGGAAACGUUUUCAGUAUAUGACGAAGAUGGGGAAAUUUAAUAACAGGAUUGGCAAUGAGGGUUCCCAAGAGAUUGUUCAUACUCCGAAGAAGAAACCGCAAAAGCUGAGUGCUUUACAAAGGAUUCAAUUAGGGAAAGCCACUCCUAGGAAGUUGCACUCUUCUGCUUAUUUCGAUGACUCAAACUCGGGUUCCUUUAGAUCUAAAGGCCCUCUGGUGUUUUCGGAUCAAAGAUCGGAAGAAGAAAGAGUAAGCAGUCCCGUUGAACUGGAUGUUUCUUUCAAAUCUAAUUCCCUUGUAGCAAAGCAAGUUGUGGCUCCUUCAAGUCCUGUUGUCGGUUCUAAUGGGUCAAGCAUACUUAAGACUAAGAGGAUAAACAAAGUCAUGACGCCUGUUUCAGUUUCACCAAGUAAGGGACCCGUAAGUGGAGAUGGCUCCUUACUUGGUGUGGAUGAUGCCUCAAGUUCUGACAAGGGUCCAAUGCAUUUGGAAGAAAAACAUACAGUUUCUGGUACUGCAGUAAUGGAUGAUGUUGGUUCACAAUCUUGUUCAAGUGUGGUCAAUCUAUCAAUUGGGAAAAAAGCAAAGGAAGGAUCUCCUGGGGAUAUGGCUUCAACCAAAGCUAGCAUUGAUAUUAAUGCUAGUCCUGGGAAGAGCACUGCAAAGAUUAAGAAGAAGAGGAAAAUCACAGCCUCACAUUCUACUUUGUCCAGUUCACAGGCAUCUGAAAUCCGCAAAAAACCAAUAAAUGCUAAUCAAUCCACGAGUGGUGAAGAUGCUUCCUUGAGUACUUGCAAGGGUAGAAUGUGUCUAGAAGAGAAAAUGAGCAUAUCUGCUGUUCAAGAAAUUGAGAAUGUUGAUUUUAAGCCUUGUCCAAAUGCAGCCACUGUAUUGCUUGAAAAGGAUGCAGUCCAAGGAUCUGCUGUUGCUAUGGUUUCAGGAAAGGAGGACAUUAAGAUUGUUUCUGAUGUUGAAGUUGGACCUAAUGUUGAGAAGAUUAUGAAAGACAAGAGUGAUUUCCCAGGUUUGUCAAGUUCACAGGUAUUUGAAAUCCAUGAGGAAGUAGUAAACACAAAUAGCUCUCUACGUGAUCUGGAUCUUAACUUAGAUCCUCCUAAGAACUUAUGUCAUUUGGAUGAUAGAGGUACAGUUUCUGAUGCUUCGCCUGCAAAUGAUGUUGAUUCGCAUGGUCAUACUGAUGGGCGCACUGCAGUGCUUAAGGGUAGUGCGGUGCAAGGUUCUCCUGAGGUAAGGAUUGAAAGGACAGGUGAUGCCAAUGUUGUUUCAGAUGGGGCAUGUACACAGAAGAGCUGUGAGAAGACAAAAGUCAAGUCACCACCUUCAGCAUGUUUAAGGUCACGGUCAUCUGAAAAUCAUGACAAAACUGUUAAUAGAGAUAGCCCCAUGGAUUGUGUGGAUGCUGUCUCAAGUUCUGACAAGGUCCCUGUGGAUUCAGCAGAGAAAGUUACCAUUUCAGGGACUGAGACUCUGGGUGAUAUUGGCAUGCAGCAUUGCCCAUAUGUAGUUGGUGUGUCACUUGGAAGCAGUGCUGUGAAAGGAUCUCCAGAGGCUACAAAUUCGGUUGUAAAUGUUCGGAAUGUUGAAUCUAAUGUGGCAUCUACUCAUAAAAUUAGAAGGAAGAGAAAAGCUCAGGUAUUGAAAAUUCAUGAGGGGCUUAGUAGUAGAAAUAGUUCCAACAAUUGUGAAGAUCCUACUUCUAGUUUAGACAAUGUUCCAUCACAAUCAAAAGAAAAAUCUAGAGUCUCUAAUAGUAAGAAUAUGCGUAAUGUCUCUUCACUGCCUUUUUCAAAUGGCAUUGUUGUUACAGAUGAGAUCAUCACAGUGAAAGGAUCUCCAAAAGCUGUGAACUCAGCAAAAGGUGUUCUAAAUGCUGAUCCUGAUGGAAGGCGUGUUCCUAAUAUUGAGAGACAGGGGAAAGGCCUAGAUUCAUUUCUGGAUUUGUCAAGUUCACAGGCACCUGAUACUCAUGGGGGGGCCAUAGAUUCUGGUAACCCCAUCCCUGAUUCGAAUGCCAUCACUGGUUCUGAAAAUAUUCCUGUUUGCUCAGAGCAGCAAGUUUCAGUUUCUUCUAUUGGAUAUGUGGAUAGUGUUGCCUUGAAGCCUUGUCCAAAUGAGGUUUCAGUUUUGCUUGAGCACAGUUCAGUUAAGGAAUCUCCAAAGGUUAUGGAUUUUUCUAAAGAAAGCUUCAGUGAGAGCAUUACAAAACUUGAGCAUCCUCGUCCUGAUUCUUGUUCUUUUGUUGAGGAGUCAGCUGUCCUGGAUCUGCAGUUCCCGUGUCUGUCAGGUUUUAGAGGUGAGCAUCUAGAUAACGCUAUUCCUGGGGUGGUCAUGUCCAGUUGUCAGGAAUAUCCUCUUCAAGAUAAUAUUUUAGGCAAGGAAAGUGGAAGAGGAAGAGAACAAACGGAACAAGAUGCAUCAAAAGUAGAUUGUAUGCUUGGCAGAGAGAACUCCAAAGAUUCUUGUGGCUUGCAUCCACAGGCACAGGGCCAACUGGGUGGGGUGCCUUUGGAUAUCCAGACUUCUUGCUUAGAUGAGAGUCCCCCCAGUACGGCCAUGGAAGACAAGUCUACAUCUAAUUAUUUGUCUUUGAGCAUAGAUAUUAUUUCUGACUCCAAUGGGGAGCAAAUGGAGGCUGUGCCCGAUAAAAGUUCCGAGAUAGAAUCUCCAGAAUCUUUGUCUAAGUUUCCAGAGAAACACAUUCUGAAUGCUGAACAGUCACUGCCUAACAUGUCUAAUGAAAAUAUUCACGGGGAUAACAAUAAACCAGAUGAGAAGACCAUUGUGAAAGAUGCAUUUACCGUAACUUCCCACAAAUUAUGUGUUUUCACUCCUGAUGUCAAUAUGGGAUCAGAUAAAAAAAUGCAUAUUGAUGGGUCCAUUACAGAGAAAAGAGCAUCAUUUACAUCACAGGGAGCCAGACAAUCACCGAUCCCAAAAGUGACAGUUGGAGAAUUGAAUGGGAAGAAGAUUUCCCAAACUGCUGGAGUUCCUAGGGCUUUUCAAGGUCGAUCAUCUUUGGUUGCAGGUUCAUUUAAAGAUACAGCUCCUUCAUCUCACAUUGCAAAUUUGCGUACAUGGCAGCGAACAGAUAAUCCUUCUGUUUCCUUGGCUGGAAAAAAGUCAAGUUCAAUCGCCAGUCCUUCACAAAGGCAGUCUCCCAAAAAGUUUGGAAAGGUACAGAGCACUUCUUACAUCCGUAAAGGUAACAGCCUUGUAAGGAAAGGUGCUCCAAACGUUGCUUUUCCCCAAGGAUCUCAUAAUUUGAGUACAACUGUUAAUCAGUUGAGUGCUGUGGAUAGAGAUAAAACCAAGAAAAUUACUGCAUCUGAGUGCAAGGGUAACAGUUUUGACCCUCUGAGUUCUUCAAGAAAGGGAGGAGCAAAUCCUUCUAUUGAGAGUUUGAAAACACCCCCAUUACCGCAUUCCAGCAAGACACAAAACUGCACAACAAAAUCAUCACAGGAUUUUGUGUAUCACUCAUCGAAGAAUCCUCUUUCAGAAGGUGGUUCAGAAGCUACUCCAGAUUCUACAAAAGUGACUGAAAAUGAGGAUGCGUCCAAGCAUGCAAAAAGUUCGGAAAAUCAAGCUAGUGUGAGCAACAACUUGGGGAUUCAAAGUACCUUAAAAGAUGGUAAUUCACAGUCUUCUAAGAAGAACAUAGUGUAUGUGAAGCAUAAGUCGAAUCAAUUGGUUGCUGCUUCUAGUCCUGGAAUUCAGGAUCCAUCCAUCAAUGUUCCUGAGAAGACCCAGGCGUCAUCUUCUUCCAUUUAUUCUGAUAGCUACUAUAAAAGGAGCAAGAAUCAACUUAUUCGAAAUGUUCAAAUUCCUGGAAGUCAGGUCAAGCAAUCCAUUACCAUCCAUGAUGACAGUUCAAAUUCAGAGGGGAAAAGGGUUUCUACAGUUCCAUCCGUAAAAUGCAGUAGAAGUCUAAGUAAGAGAAGGCCCCAUAAAGGCUUGGGAAAGACAUGUAAAUCAUCGAAAUCUUCUUUGGUAUGGACAUUGCAUGGAACAAAAUCAGAAAAUGAAGACAAGAAAGCGUUGCAAUGUCAAAAGGUAUGGCCAUGUAUUUUCCCUUGGAAAAGAAUGGCAUACCGGAAGUAUUGCAGAUAUGGUUCUGUUUCAAUGUCCAAUAGGAAUUCUAUCUCACAUAUCAGUAGGAAAUUGCAGCUUUCAAGGAAGCGGGAUACAGUUUACACAAGAUCAACUGGUGGCUUUUCUCUUCGGAAAUCUAAGGUGUUAAGUAUUGGUGGAUCCAAUCUAAAAUGGUCAAAAUCCAUCGAAAAGCGCUCAAAGAAAGUUAAUGAGGAGGCUACAUUAGCUGUUGUUGCUGCAGAGAGGAAGAAACGAGAACAGAAGGGUGCCUCUGCUAUUGCCGGUGCAAAGAACAGAACUCAAUCUUCCCGUAAGUCAGGUCAUAGUAUAGAGCUGCGCCCAGGAGAGCGUGUCUUCCGUAUCGGUUUUGUCCGAUACAAGAUGGAUCCAUCAAAACGAACACUUCACAGGAUUGCAGAUGAGAAAUCAGGUGUUGAUCCCCAGUCAGGAAAGAACACCAGGAAAUCUGUUAUUCCAAGGAGGUUACUGAUUGGCAACGAUGAAUAUGUCAGAAUUGGAAAUGGCAACCAGCUUAUUAGAGAUCCAAAGAAACUGAUUCGCUUCUUGGCGAGUGAGAAAGUACGGUGGAGUCUGCACACUGCUAGAUUGCGGUUGGCUAGAAAACAACAGUAUUGCCAGUUCUUCACAAGAUUUGGGAAAUGCAACAAGGAUGAUGGAAAGUGUCCAUAUAUCCAUGAUCCUACUAAAGUUGCAGUCUGCACCAAGUUCCUGAAGGGUUUAUGUGACAACUCAGAUUGCAAGUUGACACAUAAGGUCAUUCCAGAAAGGAUGCAGGACUGUUCUUAUUUCUUGCAGGGAUUGUGUACCAAUGAGAAGUGUCCAUAUAGGCAUGUAAAUGUGAACCCAAGUGCUCCAGUCUGUGAAGGAUUCCUCAGGGGAUAUUGUGUUGAUGGUGAUGAGUGCCGUAAGAAGCAUAGCUAUGUAUGUCCCGUAUUUGAAGCAACAGGUACCUGUCCUCAAGGGUCCAUGUGCAAGCUUCACCACCCGAAAAACCAAAACAAGGGCAAGAAAAGGAAAAGGUCAAAGGAUCGGAAGAACAAGAGAGGGCGUUACUUUGGGUCCCGGUUUACUGAUGCUACUAAAAACAGCACAGUUGCUUCGAACAAGCCGGCUGUACAGAACAAUGGAGACAUUUUCUUUGAGGAAGGAGGAUUUGCUAAUUAUAUAAGCCUUGAUUUCAGCGAUGAAGAAGCUGGAGAAACUACCAAUAUUACUGAUAUGUACACAACCUUGUGUGACAGUGAGCCCUCUGAGUUAGCAUCGGAUGAUCUGGGUGAUCUCAUUAAACCGGUUCGUAUCUUAAAUAGAAAACUGACAUAGCAAAGUUCUUUCCUGUAACAGUCUAAAAUAGGAUCUGUUGCAGGAAAUAUAUCAUCUGUUGUAAAUGGUCAAUGGUGUAGAACAGGCAAGCCAUUUAUUAUACUUGUAUUUAUCACCAUGUGUAUUAGUACAUUUGUGAGAAAUGAUAUUAGUGCAAUUUUUUUGUGGUGUUAAAA